AUGACUGCUCAUGGUGGGAUUACUGGCCAGGGCACCGGCUCGGUCAGCAUCAUCGACUCUCAUCUCAACAAUGUCCCCAAGGGAAUUACCAUACCGGCAACUGGGGACCUGCCAAGUAUCGUCCUCGACAACCUCGAAGUAGAGUCUUCAUCUGUGGUCGUCCAGGAUGUCAACGGCAAGACCAUCUUCGCCGGAACUGGCGGCGAUCUGUAUGUCUCCUCUUGGUCCAUGGGUGGAGCAUACUUGGACCAAAACGGAGAGCGACAAUAUCUGACUGGCUACCUGAGUCCUACUCCCAACAAGCCGACCAGUCUACUUGAUGGAACCGCAAAGUAUUUCACUCAAUCGAAGCCACUAUACCAGGACGUAUCGCCUGUCGUCGCCACAGACAACGGAGUGUCCAAUGGAAUGGGUGGAGACCAGACGAAGAACAUUAAUACCCUUCUCGCAAACAACAUUGGCAAGGUGAUUUUCUUUCCGGCUGGAAUCUACCUCGUGGAGGGAACGGUCUUUGUCCCUAUGGGAUCCAAGAUCAUCGGAUCCGGUUUCAGCCAAAUCAUGGCCACUGGCUCAUAUUUCCAAGACAAGACCAAGCCCAACGUCAUGGUCAGAGUCGGGAAUAAGGGCGAUGAAGGAGUCGUUGAGAUCCAGGAUUUCUUGUUCACAGUACAGGGUCCUACGGCCGGAUGUAUUCUAAUGGAAUGGAAUAUUGCUCAAUCCAACCAAGGCUCGGCUGCGAUGUGGAACAGCCACUUCCGUGUUGGCGGCGCUGAGGGGACUGACCUCCAGGUGGCACAAUGUCAAGGAGCGGCUUCAGGAGGCAAAUGCGACGCUGCUACGAUGAUGAUGAUGCACAUCACCCCUGGAGCUACAGGUUACUUCGAAAAUGUCUGGGCAUGGGUUGCAGAUCACGACUUGGACAACCCAGGCAACGCAAAAGCUGUUGAAACGCAGCAAGGGAUUCCUGUCAAUGCAGACACGAACCUGAAUAUAUAUGGCGGCCGAGCGAGCUCGCUCUACAACUACCAAAUCCAAAACGCCAGUACGCUCUUCUUCAGCCACAUGCAAACGGAAAGUCCCUACUACCAGCCAAAGAAAAGCAUCGGAGACUUUGCAUAUUCUCCCAACUCUGGAGGCUUCUCCAACGACCCUACAUUUUCGGACUGCUCGCAACCGAAUUGUCUGUCUGCUUGGGCGUUGCGCGUACUGAGCUCAAAGAUCAUCCUGAUCUAUUCCACUGGCUUCUACUCUUUCUUCAACGACCAGCAGCUAGGCUGUGGUGGACAGCAGAAUUGUCAGGAGCGUUUGAUCCAGACCAAUUACGUUGGCGAGCUAUUCUAUUACAACAUCUUCACGUACGGAGCCACCGAGAUCAUCUCACCAGCUGGAGGAGUGCCGCCACCAAUAUUCUUCAACGACUCGAAUCAGAACGGCUACACAAGUGAGGUUGCCGCUUUCCUGGAGCUAGCUGAUUUGUCUGCCCAGUCACUAGGCUCUGAACUGGGGUCUGGAGGCGGCAACGGCAGUGGUGUUGUCUACAUCAACCCGACCAUAUGGAUGGAACCUCAAGCUUCUCGAACUGUGGACUGCAUUCCCCCAUGUACCUUUGUUCUGCCUCCGAUCACACUCGCAACACCAACUACCAUCACCUUCCCUCCUUGGACCACCACCUUGGAAGUCGGCUGGACCACAACCUCGGCCUAUACCACUACUGACAGUGUAGGCCCUGCAACCAUCACAACGUCGUUCUUCACCAGCAUCUACGAGACGACUGUGUUGACAAUCCCGCCGGUGACAACGACCGAGAUCCCAAUCUGGAACGUGGAAAAUAAACGCAACCACGACUACAACGAUAUACCCGACGAGUAG